AUGAGUCCUUGGCCAUCACAAAUUAGAGAAGAUCCGUCCGGACUUGAUGAAUAUUAUUCACGCGCAGAAUCAAUGCUGCAACCAUCCACAUAUCCAGAAAAUUACCCAACCCCGGCCAAACUAGAGCAUCUGCGAGCUGAUUCACGAUGGCUAGGCGAAGAACAAAAUUUCUAUCAUGCACCACUUACCACGUUCUUCCACAGCGGCCGCAACAAGGCUGGUGUUUUCAUGCACCCCAAUCGAGGAUCAGGGCAUGAAUGUACCGGCCUGAACGAUGGGUCAAAAAAUACCGUGGCAACCAGUUAUUUGGCUGAUGCGUGGAACUGGGAUGCUGAGAUAUUUUGUGGAUGUGAGGUGCGGUUUGUGGAGAAGAUGGAGGAAGGAGGAUACAUUGUCUUCUUUGCCUGGCAUGGGAGCGGGAGAUAUGGGAUUUUCAUAUUUCUACGGUAUACUUCUAUCACUCUCGACUUUUCUCAAAGGCCGGUCUAA